CGAAAAACGUAGCCUACAGCUACACCGUGUAUUGUGCGUGUUGAUUUUACUCGAUUGAAGCAAAGAGAUACUGUCUGUUUUAGUUACUCGGGAGCAGGCUGAAGCUGAAGCCAGGUCUAAGAAUACGAGCUACAUAUCAGACGAAGUCCAAGAUCUGAUUCCACCCUGGUCGGUAAUACAUAAGAUUUAGGACAAUGAGUGCCCAGCCGGUAAAGAUAAAGACUGUCUCUAUCUUAGAGGACUACACGAUAGAUUGGACUCAAAAACUUGGGACAGGAAUCAAUGGUCCUGUAAGACCAUGCCAACAUAAGAGAAGUGAGGACAGAUUUGCUCUGAAGCUUCUUCUUGACAAACCCGGUGCAAGGGCAGAGGUCAACCUUCACUCUCGCUGCAGUGGACAUGCUAACAUUGUUAAAAUCAUUGAGGUCUUCUCCAACGAGGUCCAGUUCCCGGGAGAACCUGCUCCCAAAAGUCGUCUUCUUGUUGUCAUGGAGCUGAUGGACGGUGGCGAAUUAUUUGAUCGGAUCAGUAAACAGAAACGAUUCACUGAAAGGCAGGCAGUCAUUCUUACUAAACAGAUAGCAUCAGCUGUGUUACAGUGUCACAGUCUAAACAUAGCUCACAGGGACUUGAAACCUGAGAACCUAUUACUCAAAGACAACUCGGAGGAUUCACCGGUCAAGCUAUCAGACUUUGGAUUUGCUAAGGUGGACGAUGGAACAUUGAUGACCCCUCACUUUACUCCAUACUAUGUAGCACCUCAGGUCAGUACCAGUCUUACUCCUAUUGCACAAUUGGAAUACAAACUUCAUUUUUGAUUUUAAAGAGCAAGCCAACAUUUGUCAUACGUUCAUGUGUAUGAAAGCAGAGGAACAUAUUGCAAAACUCAAAUUGGCAAUGUUAUCAGUGGAUUUUGACGUCUUCAUGGACAGUUCUCCUGUAUGUCGUGUGCAAAACUAUUGAUAAUUUCUGUUUUUCUGCAAAACACCAUCUCCCUUUGGCAAGUGUUUUUCAAAAUAUAUCAUAGAUAUCACAUUAUUACAGGGGAGUGUUUCACAAAGACUAAGAUCAACUUACACUUGGACUUAACUAUGGCAGGCUGUUCAUGCCACUAUUUGCUCUCACCAUUUACUGCCAUUGGUCUCUCGAGGGACUUACAAAUCAUGGUCACAAAUCUACAGAAUUUA